AUCACGUCAGGUUCGGAUAUAGAUAGCAUCCGUGAAUAUCCGAUGACAUGUACAAGAGCCGACCCAAACACAGAACUUCAAACCCUACUACACUCUCUUCCCUGCUUGCUCUCUGUCUCAUCACCAACAGAAGAGAUAGAGAGAGAGGUAAUUCAUAAUGGCUUCAAAGCUAGCUCAGUUGCAAUCGAAGGCUUGUCAUGCCUCAAAGUUUGUGUCUAAGCAUGGUGGUGCAUAUUACAAGCAGUUGUUAGAACAGAACAAGCAAUAUAUCCAGGAUCCACCCACUGUUGAGAAAUGCAAUCUUUUGUCCAAGCAAUUGCUUUACACUCGCCUCGCCAGCAUUCCUGUGCGUUAUGAAGCAUUUUGGAAGGAGCUUGAUUAUGCUAAGCACCUUUGGAAACACAGGCAGGAGUUGAAGGUUGAGGAUGCUGGCAUUGCUGCUCUGUUUGGGCUGGAGUGUUUUGCAUGGUACUGUGCUGGUGAGAUUGUUGGUCGAGGGUGUACAUUCACUGGCUACUAUGUCUAAGUGCUGCAACAAGACGACACACCUCCGGACUUGAACCGAUAAAGCUUGAGAUUUCUGUUUUUCACGUUCAUCUUGUUUGCAAUUGACCAUUGCAUAUAUACUAAAUUUGCUAUCCUUCAUAAAAAUUGAAAAACUAGGCCAGGAAAACUCGUUUCCGUGAUGAUCUUCUGUACCUCACAUAUUUCCUUGCAUUUUCGCUCAUGCCAUGCGGCUGUCCUUCAGGCUCUAUUCCUUUUGCUCAGAAUAACAUGUCUCUGAAAAAAAACCACAAGGAAAACAUUUUUCUUGAA